GCUUGUGUUCCGCGGCGCGGCGGUGGCUGGGCUGGGGGCAGUUGACGCUGCGGUCCACCCGGGCCUGCUCAACGUGGGCCCCAACCCAAUUCCGAUCCCGCCACCCGAGGGUAGAGCCCCGGGGCGCAGCCGGGUCCCCAGCAUGGUGCUCAAGGCCUUCUUCCCCACGUGCUGUGCAUCAGCAGACAGCGGGCUGCUGGUUGGACGGUGGGUCCCGGAGCAGAGCAGCGCAGUAGUCCUGGCUGUGGUACACUUCCCCUUCAUCCCCAUCCAGGUCAAGGAGUUCCUGGCCCAGGUGCAGCAGGCCAGCCGGGUGGGUGUGACUGUGCUGGGCACCUGGUGUCACUGCCAGCAGGAGCCCGAGGAGGGCCUGAGUCGCUUCCUGGAGGGCCUGGGUGCCAUCUUCUACCAUGAGCCCUGGCUGCAGCUGUGCCGCGAGCGGGGCAGCACUUUCUGGAGCUGCAAGGCUGUCCGGCGGGCUGCACCCCCUGGCGUGCCCAGCGAGGACCAGGUCGUGCUUGUCUUCUACAACCAGCGCCAGGUGCUGCUGUCCCAGCUGCACCCGCCCGCAGCCCUGCCCGACCAUCAGGCUGGGGAUGCCCCAGUGAGCACGAGGGGCCUGGCUGCUGUCUUCGACACAGUGGCCUGCAGCAAGGUGCUCUUCUGCAGCAACAGGUUCGACGAGGGGCCCAUACGGCUGAGCCACUGGCAGUCAGAGGGUGUGGAGGCCAGCAUCCUUGUGGAGCUGGCCAAGCAGGCUGCAGGGCCAGCCUGUCUGCUGCUCAGCUUCCUGCUGUCAUUCCUCUCGGCCAUCAGUGCCUGCCGGCUAUUCCGGCUGUGGCCGUUGCCCUUUAUCUGCAGCAAGCUGUCCACCUGUGAGCAGGUUCAGCAUCGGCUGGGGCACCUCUCACUCAUCUUCAGUACCCGGAAGGCUGAGAACCCUACCCAGCUGAUGAGGAAGGCUAAUGUACUUGUCUCAGUGCUGCUGGACGUGGCCCUGGGCCUGGCGCUGCUGACCUGGCUCCAUGGGAAGGACCACAUUGGGCAGCUGGCUGAUGCCCUCAUCCCUGUGGCUGAUCGUGUGGCCGAGGAGCUUCAGCACCUGCUGCAGUGGCUGAUGGGCGCACCUGCCGGGCUCAAGAUGAACCGAGCGCUGGACCAGGUGCUGGGCCGCUUCUUCCUCUACCAUAUCCACCUGUGGAUCAGCUACAUCCAUCUCAUGUCGCCCUUCAUUGAGUGCAUCCUGUGGCACGUGGGCCUCUCCGCCUGCCUGGGCCUCACAGUCGCCCUGUCCCUCCUGUCAGAUAUCAUCGCCCUCCUCACCUUCCACAUCUACUGCUUCUACGUUUAUGGUGCCAGGCUGUACUGCCUGAAGAUCUAUGGCUUGUCCUCACUCUGGCGCUUGUUCCGGGGGAAGAAGUGGAACAUGCUGCGGCAGCGCGUGGACUCCUGCUCCUAUGACCUCGACCAGCUCUUCAUUGGGACCCUGCUCUUCACCAUCCUGGUCUUUCUUCUGCCCACCAUAGCCUUAUACUACCUGGUGUUCACCCUGCUCCGGCUCCUGGUGGUGACUGUGCAGGGCCUCCUCCACCUGCUUGUGGACCUCGUCAACUCCCUGCCCCUGUACUCAGUCGGCCUCCGGCUCUGCCGGCCCUACAGACUUGCAGCUGGCGUGAAGUUCCGGGUCUUGAAACAGGAAGCUGGCAAGCCUCUCCGCCUCCUGAUGCAGAUAAACCCGCUGCCGUACAGCCAUGUUGUGUGCACCUAUCGUCUCCCCAGCUGUGGCUGUCACCCCAAGGUCUCCUGGAGCUCGUUGUGCCGCAAGCUCUUCUUCGGGGAGCUCAUCUACCCCUGGAGGCAGAAGGAGGGCCAGCGGGACUGAGGCCCCAGCUGCCACCCAGCACCACCUCCUGGCCGUGGCAGCCUCUGCUCCACCCAGGGUGGCAUGAACUGUUCAGUAGUGAAUGCCCCCCAGGUGUCAGAUGGGAGAUGCUCAUGUGCCCCUGG